AUGACGGAGACUGAGCACAGCCAUGCUGAAGUCGAAAAGGAGGCACAUGCAACUACAUUCCCCCAUCUCACCCCUCCUCUUCAUAACCACUCCCCCAUCUCACCCCUUCUCUUCCUAACCCCUCCCCACCCCCUCUUCCUAACCCCUCCCCAAUCACGCCCCUUCCUAACCACUCCCCCAUCUCUUUCCAACCACUCCCAUAUCUCGCCCCUCCUCUUUCUGACCACUCCCCCAUCUCAUCCCUCUUCUUCCUAA